AUGACCAUGUCGAACGGGGAAUUCCAUCGGGAAGUUAAUGUAGAUUCCAACGUCACAAUGGAGCCACUGGCAGGAUCUUUAUCACCACCAGCUGUAAGAGAAGUGCCAGGAAGUGCAAAUCCAUUCUCAGCCUCGUUUAUUGCUAUACUGGAUUCCCAUUGCUUACAGGGCCGACGACCACCUCCUCAACAGCCGGCGCAUGCAGGCCUCAACGCGUCUCUUUACGACUAUUAUUUCCACUCUACCCUUUGCUGAGGACUGCGCACCCAAUCCCGGGAUGGGAGCUGACGUGCAACGAAGCAUGGAAGUCUUCAAUUCCGGCUGCGUCAACUUUGGGCUGACCUUAAACGCGGACUAAACGACAGUCAUGCAUCAAUCGUCAACCAACACUGCAUACAGUGCUCCUGGAAUUCACGUCAACGAUACCCAACUGUAGAUCCUGGACAAUUUCGCCUAAUUAUUUAGCAAACUCUCAGGCUGCCUCAAACUCCACGACGAAGUGGCUCACCGGAUCUCCUAGGCCAGCCAAACCCUCGAUCGGCUGAAAAACGCCGUAUGGGUGGGCCAAGUCUUCGCCUUAACGCCAAACUGGAGAUGUGCAGGACGGUCAUAUUGAAGAUACCGCUGUAUGGGUCAAAGACUCCGGCAGUCUAUGCUAAACAAGCGCCGAAGCUCAACCAUUUCCCCAUCAGUCGACUUCAGCGGCCGCUAAAGCUGAGAUAACAGGAUAGAGUCCCGGACACUGAAGUUCUGGAACGGACUGGAUUCCUCAGCAUACCGCAUCAUGCACGAACAAGUGCAACUACCCUGAAACGGCUACUUCGAGCGAAUGGAGGACGAACGCCUGCCCAACCAACUGUUGUACGAAGGUGCCGCCACGGUGCUCGUCGACAAGGAUGUCAAAAUCGUCCCUAAAUGGACAUCCUGCAGAUCAUCCUGAAGACUUGGGAAGACCUCGCACAGAGCCGACUGACCAUAAGAAGAGCAAUGAAGGCUGGAGCAACCACCCAUGAAGCCAACUGCUUCGCCGCUGCCAAAAUUAAAAGGGAAGCGCGCGAUUCACAGGCACCACUGACCCGCAACGCCAACCCCCAACUGCCCCCAACAUGCAUGCGAUGCCAGCGAUCAUUCUGCCAGAAGAUUGGCCUCGUAGGCCAACCGCUGCUCAUCCGGCCGUCCCCUAUCUCCCACUGCGCCCAUUAAGACGACCGCCCUUACCGCCGGUGCUCAACAUCUCCGUGUCCCGCCGCCGUGGGUCACCGUCAUCUCCAUCAUCUCUGACACAACCUGCGCGGCGAUGACGACGGAGACAACAACAGCUCCCCUUCUCUACGCCGAGGAGAACCCGCCCAAUGGCCCGCCAGCCACCACCCUCACCAUUAUCAUCCCAUCUUCAACGAUGUGGAUCCCGUCCUAA